GGUGGGUGACGUUAAGUGUUUUGGCCCAACGGUCACAUGUUUCCUUUGUUGUGAGCAGUGGCAAAGACUGGUGGUUCCAGGAGACGCCGGCGCACCAGAGACCGCGGGGUCGCCGCUUGUGCAGCUUCCAACCUGCGCCGAGAGGUGUGGAAAUUUAAACAACACAAGUAUUUUGCCUGGAGCUUUGGUCAAACAAAUGCUAAGAAGCCACAUAAAGAAGAUCCCUAGCAGCCAUUUCUCAACCGAUAUAUAGUCACCUGAUGUAACAAUGGUACUAAUAUUGGGACGCAGACUAAACAGAGAGGAUCUUGGGGUGCGUGAUUCCCCAGCAACUAAGCGUAAAGUUUUUGAAAUGGACCCCAAAUCUCUGACAGGUCACGAGUAUUUUGACUUCUCCUCAGGAUCAUCCCACGCUGAGAACAUACUCCAGAUAUUUAAUGAAUUCCGAGACAGCCGCUUGUUCACAGAUGUUAUCAUCUGUGUGGAGGGAAAAGAGUUUCCUUGCCAUCGAGCUGUCCUCUCGGCCUGUAGCAGCUACUUUAGAGCCAUGUUCUGUAAUGACCACAGGGAGAGCCGCGAAAUGCUGGUGGAGAUCAACGGCAUUUUAGCUGAAGCUAUGGAAUGUUUUUUGCAGUAUGUGUAUACUGGAAAGGUGAAGAUCACAACGGAGAAUGUUCAGUACCUCUUUGAGACCUCCAGCCUCUUUCAGAUUAGUGUUCUCCGUGAUGCGUGUGCUAAGUUCUUAGAGGAGCAGCUUGAUCCUUGCAAUUGCCUAGGAAUCCAGCGCUUCGCCGACACCCACUCACUCAAAACACUCUUCACAAAAUGCAAGACCUUUGCGUUACAGACUUUUGAGGAUGUGUCCCAGCAUGAAGAAUUUCUUGAGCUUGAUAAAGAUGAACUUAUUGAUUAUAUUUGUAGCGAUGAACUUGUUAUUGGGAAAGAGGAGAUGGUUUUUGAGGCCGUCAUGCGCUGGGUCUACCGAGCUGUUGAUCUGCGAAGGCCACUAUUGCAUGAGCUCCUGACGCACGUCAGACUCCCUCUCUUACAUCCCAACUACUUUGUUCAGACAGUUGAGGUGGACCAGUUGAUCCAGAAUUCCCCUGAGUGUUACCAGUUGCUGCAUGAAGCAAGACGGUACCACAUACUUGGCAAUGAAAUGAUGUCCCCAAGGACUAGGCCACGCAGGUCCACUGGCUAUUCAGAGGUGAUAGUUGUGGUCGGAGGCUGUGAACGAGUUGGAGGAUUUAAUCUUCCGUACACUGAGUGCUAUGAUCCAGUAACAGGAGAAUGGAAGUCCUUGGCCAAGCUUCCAGAAUUUACCAAAUCAGAGUAUGCCGUCUGUGCACUAAGGAAUGAUAUUCUUGUUUCAGGUGGAAGAAUCAACAGCCGUGAUGUCUGGAUUUAUAACUCACAGCUAAAUAUCUGGAUCAGAGUUGCUUCUCUAAAUAAAGGCAGAUGGCGCCACAAAAUGGCUGUCCUUCUUGGUAAAGUGUAUGUUGUUGGAGGCUAUGAUGGGCAAAACAGACUUAGCAGUGUAGAGUGUUAUGAUUCCUUUUCAAAUCGUUGGACAGAAGUUGCGCCACUUAAAGAAGCAGUGAGCUCCCCAGCAGUGACAAGCUGUAUAGGAAAAUUGUUUGUGAUUGGUGGAGGACCUGAUGAUAAUACUUGUUCUGAUAAGGUUCAGUCUUAUGACCCAGAAACCAAUUCUUGGCUACUUCGCGCAGCUAUCCCAAUUGCUAAGAGGUGCAUAACAGCUGUCUCUCUGAACAACCUGAUCUACGUUGCUGGUGGACUGACCAAGGCGGUGUAUUGUUAUGACCCAGUUGAAGACUACUGGAUGCAUGUACAAAACACAUUCAGUCGACAGGAAAACUGUGGUAUGUCUGUGUGCAAUGGUAAGAUCUAUAUCCUGGGUGGAAGACGGGAAAACGGAGAAGCCACAGACACUGUUCUCUGUUACGAUCCUGCAACAAGUAUCAUCACAGGGGUCGCUGCGAUGCCCAGACCGGUGUCCUAUCAUGGCUGUGUGACUAUUCAUAGAUACAAUGAGAAAUGCUUUAAGCUCUAAACCUGGGUUACCUCACACAAGAAGCCACGCAGUCCAAGAGGGAACUUUUAAAGUAAGAACACAUCUCCUUUGUGCUGUAUGGAAAAAGAAAUAAAGGAAUAGCCCUGAUGCCGUUUUCCAAAAAUAACAGUAUUUCAAGCUGUAAUAAGUUCUUUCCUGUAACUGGGGGAGAGGGCUGUUAAGAUGGUAGUGGUUAAAGCCAGACAUAGUAGUGCACACCUUUAAUUCCAGCACCCAGAAGGCAAAGGCAGGUGGAUUUCUCCGAGUUUGAGCCAAGCCUGAUCUACAUAACAAGUUUUAGGUCACCAAGGGCUACACAAUAAGGCCUGUCUUCAAAAAAAAAAAGUAAUAAUGAUAAUUUGGCCUAUGAAUAUAUUUUUGCAUCUGUGAGAAACUGUGGGGUAGGAAAUGACAUCUAGCUGUAAACUUCUUAGGGAUUUGUGAACCAUCUUUUAGAAAUGUUUAUUUCUUUUUUGUCUGUUAAGUAGAGAAAAAUUGUAUGACUGAAGCUUCAUUUAGGUUGACUUGCCUGAUUUUAAGAAUGUUUAGCAUUCAUUGUGAGGGGAAGAAACGAGUUUUAAAUACAUCUGUCACUGACUUAUCCAUACUGGUUAAUUUCAUUGAAGGUGGUUUUUUUUUUUUUUAAGCUGUAAAAAUGUAGUGACAAUUCAGCUACCAUAAAACAUCAAAUUUAAUGACUUUAUAGGCUAUUCUCUGUUACUAAAUACUUUUGAGCUUAUGUAGGAGAUAUAAAAGGAGAUUUAAAUUAUAUAUUAGUCCCUAAGGAAAAAAUUAAAAUAGCUAUCAGAGGGAAAAAAAUGUGAUCCAGUUUGGUUCUCAGGGUAUUUAAUGAAUCAUCUGUGAGUUCUUCACUGAAGUCCUCCCUUAAAGCUAGCAGAGGAGUUGAAUUCCUUUUCCAGAGCCAGGAUAUGGGCACACCUGUCUCCAGGAUCUGGACAGUGCAUCAAACCAAAUUGGGACUGAAGAGAUGGCUCAGUGUUUAAGAACAUUUACUGCUCUUGCGGAGAAUCCUGGUUUGGUUCCUAGUAUCCACAUCAGAUGGUUCACAAAGACCUGUAAUUCUAGUUCCAGGGAACCCAGCACCCUCUGGCCUCCUUGGGCACCUACAGGCAUGUGGUGCACAUAAAUUCACACAGACACACGUAUGUACAUUAAAGAACUAAAUUAAAGAAAUUUUAAAAAGAUAGGUUUGCUCCCUACGAACCCAGCAGAGUUGACCUUCCUAGUUUGAUGCUUUGUUGAGUAUCUCUUCCCUGACUUCUGAGCAUCUACCAGUCCUAGGAAUCUCUACACCAAUUCCUUAAUAGCCUAGAGCAGAGGCCACUCUUCAGUGGGGCCACUUGUUUGUAAGUUAGCGCCCAGCCACACUGGCAAACAGCAGUUCCAAUCUUCUGACCAAGAGCUCUUAUUUGAGAGCCAUUGUAUAAAAUAUUGAUCAACGUUUUCAAAUUUCUAUUAAAAAGUUUUUCCUCUAGGUUUUUUACCUCCAUUUUAUAAAGGUUACCUGUUUUCAAAGGGAAAUACGAAAGUUUUUUUUCUUAAAAAUGUGAGUGAGUACAACAGGAACUAUCAUAACUAAUUACUGUGACUUCUGUGUGGACAGAUAACUAUUCACAGUGCUGUGGCUCUCCCAGGUGGCUUGCUGUGUUUAAUGUCCCAGUCACCAUUGUCUCUCACACCACAAUAUACUCCCUGUCAGUGACUAUAAUAGUGUCAUUAGAAUUCUGUUAAAAUUAAGGUAAUCAUCAAAUGCCUACCAUUGACAAACUUUAUUCCUCAUCUAGCAUAAUACAAACAUUUCUUAGGAGUCAGUGCUUAAUUGGAAUCUAAAUUCUGAGAAAAAUGCUAGAAAGUACACUUAUACUUUCCAAGUCAUAAAUUUUAAAUGAUUUAACUGAUAACUGUACAAGCAGUUCUGAAAACAAUUAUCUGUCAGUUGAGAGACAGUUGAUGUACAAUUGAGAUAUUUGUACUGUAAUUUUAUAGUAAAUACCUGCAUUAUACUUUUUUGAGAUAAUAGAAACUGUUUAAUUCAGAAAUUCUUAACAGUAAAGUGUGUGAACUAAAGUGUUUCGUAAAUGCUUAAGAUUCUACAAAUGAUAAUUGUUACCCUCAUGUAUAUUUGUAAGAUUGUGUCCAUUCAUAAAUACACCAUAUAAAAAACUUUCUCAAAGUAAAUUUGUAUUUUAGUAUUUUUGUCUAUUGUAAAAGUAUUAUCUACUUGUAAUUUGUAAUGUUUAUCUUUCAUAAUCCUUGUGUUUGUUGUAGUAAAUUGGAAAAAAUCCUGAGAAAUCAGAAUUUGUUUAAACAAAUGAAUUUUUCUUUAUGUAAUUUAAAAACGAUGUAAAUUGAGUAGUUGCAAGUUAUGUUAAAAGUCACCCAAAAGUACCUCGAAUCCAAGAAAAUUAAAUUUUUAAAGCUGCCCAAC